AAUGGGGCAAAAAGGCGGCUGCUGGCAUUGUAGUGCUGUUGCUUCUAGUCACGACCUGCCUCUUUGUCACGAUGAUGGUCAACAAUGAAUCAAUGCUCACGAAGAAUGGAAGUAAAGGAGGUGAUGGUUUGGAUGUCUAUGGAUCCACACACACGCAUGCGGGUCAAUGGCUGACUGGAUUUCUCUUCGGGUACUUCUUGCACCUGAAUCGUGGAAGGAAGCUCCAGCUAAGCCGCAUCCAAGUUUAGGGCUCCUCCUCUAACCAUACUCGAGGAGUCUCUCUACUACACGCUUACCCGGGUGGGCUGGCCCCUAGCGCUGUGUUGGAUCAUCUUUGCCUGCAUGCAGGGCUAUGGCGGUCUGGCAGACAGUUUCCUAUCCUCGCCAUUGUGGCAGCCACUCUCGAGACUCUCCUAUUCCGUGUACAUCUGGAAUAUGUUCACUCUGGAAGUAAACAGCAGAAUUCUACGGACCAAUACAUAUUUUUCGAACUACAACUUUAUGCUUAAUUUCUGGUCUGUCAUUGGGAUCACUAUUUUGAUGUCGUAUGUGUUUUAUGUUAUCAUUGAGGCUCCUUUUGGCGGACUCGAUAGUCUUCUACGAACCCGGCAGCCACGAUCUCCAAGCGAACAAAAGCAGUCGUCAGUAGAUGUCCAGCAGGAUCAGUUUAAUGUCGGAAGGAAUCUGGAUGAACCUGAAAAGCCUAAGGAAGAAGCCACAACGACUGUUUCAGAAUAG